AUGGCUUCAGUUGUUUCAUCUAUUUCUAUCGCGCUCUGCAUAAUUUUUUUGGCAUGGACUGUCAUCAUUGCUGCUCCUGUUGAUAUUAACUCCAGUGGUAAUAGUUCAAAUGUGACAGGAACAACUCGCUGCAUUGCCUUUUGCGGUGAAGUAACCCUUGUUAAAACUCCUAUAUGUUUUUCUGGUGACAGUUGGCUGCAAUUGAGUGAUGGACGACGACAAAAUAUUGAACAGUUACAAAGUGGAGAGAAUCUAUUAGCAUUUGAUGGAUCUAAUGUAGUAGCCAGUGAAAUGAUGUUUAUUUUAGACAAAAAUGCAUAUGCUCAAGCUCACUUCUAUACGCUUGAAACAGCAUCCAAUCAUACAAUUAGUUUGAGUGCGGAACAUUUGCUUCCGGUUGUUUCAGAAAAAGGUAUAUCCAUAUAUAUACCAGUUGAGCGAAUAAAAGCUGGUCACCAUUCUCUAUAUGUUUUAUCUGACGAUGGAAUUCUAUCUCAAUCAUUAGUCAUUCGCGUUUCAAUACAAAUGAAAAUCGGGUAUUUUGCACCUCUAACAACAUCUGAAACAGUGCUAGUAAAUAACGUUGUAGCUAGUUGUUUUAGUCAUGUACACAAUAUUGCUAUGGCACAACUCAGUAUGACACCAGUGAGAUGGUAUUAUAAACCAGCAACCACCACUGCAACAACAUCAUCAGCAAUGACAACAGCAUCAUUAACAACAUCAACAUCAACACUGCCGCAAACAACAACAACAACAACAAUAUCGACAUUAUCAUCAACGUCAACAACAACUACGACCACAACUCAGCAGUCAGGUAAGCUUCAGAAUGACUUCCUUAAUCAUUCUAAAUCAAUGUUUAUCAUAAGAACAAAAAAAUUAAGAGAUGCCUACCUCUGUAUUGUCUAUUGUUUGUUACUAUUGAAGUUUACAUCGUUUUGAUAAUAUCUCUAGAAGACAAUUCAUUCGUUCUUUUCGUUUUGAUACCAGUAGAUGCCAGAUCUGAAAAUCUGAUCACUUUCUGAUAAGAUUAUAAGUAUAUUUACUUUACAAAAACGAAUUCCAUACUAUGGAGCUCUACAGUCAUUUUAGUAAUUUAUUAUAACGUGAACCGAAAAAGCAGAAUGAAUUUACCAAAAUUUUAACUUCAUGAAGACCACUCUAUCAUUCAUUGGCAAGUAUCUCUCAAGAAUAAAUUAUUCAGUAGACACUUUGAACGAGUCAGAUAAAUUACUAUUUUGUAGCUUACACUGUUAAUUUUAUUUUACUAUUAACACUAUUUUUCUUUAAUAAUACUCAUACCGCGAAGUCCAACUAACAUUUCACUAGGCCUUGGGUAUACAAGAGAAAUAUUAUUGAACUGAAGAAUUGAUUUGUUUUUAUUUAUUAUCUAAAUGAAACUUACAAAACGUUUCCAUUGUAGAGUUUUCUGACUGUUAUCGAUUACAAAGUGCACAAAUUUUCGCUGAGGAAAGGAGUACGAUUUAAGUCAAGCCACUCGACAAAAACGUAAUCCCGCUUGCGCAAUCAAACAUGAAAUCUUAAGAAAUAUGUUUUUUUCGAGAAUUUUUCAAAAAAAUCACAUAUACUUACAAAAUAUUUUUCAAGUGGCCAUGUCUCAUAUACAAACAUGCAAGCUAUUUUAAAUAUUUGCAAGUGUUAAGCAUAAAUACAAGAUAAUAGCACAUGUAUGUCGCAGAUAGAUGACUUGCAUGUAAAUGUCAAAGUAUCAUUUGUGUGUACCUUCAAGUUGCCUGCAAUCUUAGUAAAUUCUGCAUGUCAAUGCAAACUACUAUUUUGUUGUAUUCAUGCUACUUCGUGCGAGAGUUUUAGUAUUUUCUUCAACAUGUAUUCAUUUACGUUUUGUUGAAAUGCAAUCGCUCUUCUAUGAUUAUAUCACAUUGGCUCAAAAAACUUGUUUACUUUUUCAAAGUCUUCGUAGUUAUUAGUAUUCAUGUAUACUUGUGCCUGUCGAUCAUUACAUCUUCAUCAAAAAACAAAAGAUUUGUUUCAUCUAACUAGCUUCGGAGAUAAGCGAGGACAAUGUUCUUUUUUCUUACUUAUCAAUCAUAGAUAAAUUAACCACAUGGCAUAAUAUUACAGUUGAUUAGAUUUGUUAAGAUAAUCACCGUAGAUCUGAAUUAUUGCAAAUGAGAAGUCGGAGUUUAGUUUAAAUAAUUACAUGAUCAACGAUGAAUGUUUAGUCGUACAAGGACUGAAGGAUUUCCAUUAAAAGAAGACAGAAGAUUGUAGGUAGAAUUACGUAAAUUCAUUAUCACUAGUAAGACAGAAUUGUGUACAAGUCAAACAUAGAUAUUCGUCGACGUAUAUAUACAUAUCUUCCAUACAUAAAAUAUAUCUUUAUAAAAACGAAAACCUCGUCAUGAAAGGUGUCCUUUCGAAUUGAGCAAGUGACAAUUAUAAUAAUACAGAACGCAUAAAUAAAAAAGUCGAAGUCAAAUAAAACAACUCAUAUUCUUCGUACUAUCGAUCCAUCUCUGAAGAUUGUACCAAUAGAGGAAUCAAAAGUAUUAGUAUAUAUGGAUUGAUCAUUAUCAGUGAUAAACAACAUAAAUGAACGUGUGCGAGGUGAAAAACUAGCACGAGAACAAUCUUCACAGUACUUCGCCAACGAGUUUGAGGAAUUGUAGGUAGUAUGUCGAACAGCAGCUGAAAAGAAACUCUAACUUUCUUUGAAAGAGAGUCAAAAAGUAACAGGUAGGAUGACUAAAUAGGAAAGUUUACCGAGAACAAAAAUGUGAAAUUCAUUAACUAAAUAAACCAAAUAAUUCUCUACUAGGUGGAGUCCGAACAGUUGUAGCUAUCUUUUUUGAUAAAAUAUCAAUUGACAUUUUAUGAUACAAUGUAGAGAGAAAAGUUAACUUCAAAUUUGAAGUUUAUUUCUAGAAUUCACUUUUUUCGAUUGAUUAGUUAUCGAUGCAAGGAAGAGAAAAAGUCAUUAAUGAGCAGACGAUCGAGAUUUCUCUUCAUUGUCAAAGGAUGAAUUACUAGUUAAUAGAUUGAUCAAUCUUCCUUAUGAACAAAAAUAAUGGCAAAACUUACCUCUAAUCUUAUUAUAAUUGUUUAGGACUUGAUCAAAACUCGAUUUGACCAGAAAAGGGAAAAAUCAAAAAAUUUAGUCAAAAUUAUUACAGAUUUUUUUUUAUAGAUCUUCCGAGAAUGUUGGUUGGUUUUUAAUGAUUUUCAUGAUUUAUAUGAUUAGAUUAGUUUGACAUUAUUUAAAUUAUCUUUCUUUCUUCUACAAUUAUAGUUAUAUCUAAUUGAAAUAAUUGUUUAAAUAAUGAAAAUUUUGAUUGUUUUUAUUACAGUUGAUUUAUAAUCAAUUAAUAUUGUAUGAUUUUAAUCCAUUACGAAACUAUGUGCAUU